AGUGCUCUUCCUUGUCACCCAAUAACUUAGUGGGGUGUAUGAUAUUCAUCAUCUAAUUCAAGAUGCAGAGAAAUUUCCUGAGGCUGCUAUUGCUACUUGAGAUCUUUCUCUGCUUCUCUUACGUUCUUUCUGCUUCUGCUGUUCCUGCUACAAGAACCCAAAAUUUGAAAGGUAAAGAAGAUACACCAGCUCAUCUACCUUCCUCAGCUAAGUUGGAGCAUGUGCUUCAGGUUGGAAAUGGUGAGGAGGUGCUGGUUGACAUGGAGAAAGGAUUCAUAGAGAGGAGAAUCGAUUUAGAAACCCAAGAUUAUGAAGGAACCGGAGCAAAUAAAGAUCAUGAUCCAAAAUCCCCAGGAAGUGAUUAAUCCCUAAACGACAAUGUGCAUUAAAUUGGUUCCACCUAAAGCUGUAAAAGAGGGUUUAAGACUUGCAUACAUGUGGGUUUUUUUGUUUUUGUGUUUUGUUUUUUGUUUUUUUGUCUUCUGUAUAAUUAUCAAAUAUGCAUGGUUCCCUUUAUUUAAUUUAACUUUUUACUUGCUAGU